ACUUUCAAAGUAGAAUUAUUUUUCAUGUUGAUGCGGUGACUCUGCUUUUGCUGCGGCAGUGGUGGGUUGCGUUUUGAGGUGGAGAAGGUGAUAGGGAGGGAGACUGUGGUGGGAAUUCUAGGUUUCAGUAUACGCUAAUCUUAAUAUUGAUCUUAAUGUAGUGGGUGUUGGCAAUGGAUAAAAGGGUUUUUCAAUUUUGAAGAAAGCAAGAGAUUGUUUUGAUUGUGUUGUUCGAAAGCAAGGUUCUUGACGCAGAUCGAUUCUCCAGCCUUCCAGCUUCCUUCAGUUCUCUGCGCCUUCCCCUGCGCGCCCAUGGCCGCAUCAUAGCACUGAUCAAUCCAUCACAUCAAAAUCAAUGGCGGAAAGCACAUCACCGUCGUCCAAACCCUCACCAAUGGAUCCUCAAAACCCCGCACCAUCCUCCAACCCUACAAUCCCUUCCCCUUCCCACAACAAAACAGCUUCACCCUCGCUCCCUCUGCUCCCCCAAGACCAGCAACAGCAGCAACAGUUUAACUCGCUCUCCUCGAGGAGAAACAGGGAUAAUUGUGAAGGAAGCCCAUCACAUAACAGUGAACUGAGGACAAUGUCUGCUGAAUCGCCAAGUUCUGUUCGUAAAGUGGUUGUUCAUCUCAGAGCCACCGGUGAUGCUCCUAUUCUCAAGCAAUCCAAGUUCAAGAUAGCAGGAACUGAUAAAUUCGUUAAAGUGAUAGACUUUCUCCGACGGCAGCUCCACAGGGAGACAUUGUUUGUUUAUGUCAAUAGUGCUUUUUCACCAAACCCCGAUGAAUUGGUCAUUGAUCUAUUUAAUAAUUUUGGUUUUGAUGGCAAACUGGUUGUCAACUACGCUUGUUCCAUGGCGUGGGGCUAAACUCUCAGAAUCGUGAUUGUUGGAUACUAAAGCUUCAAAUUGUGAAUACACAUUGCUUCCUUUCACAGUACACGAUUUCCUUUUGACUUGGAUAUUAUUUCUUAUUCAUUUUUGUAUAUUUAUGCAUGGCUACUAAAUCUUGUUUUGAUAUACUUAAAAAAUAUUUAUAGAAAAUUAGAAAAAAAAUAUUGAUGAACUUCUUCAUUAAUAUUUAAUAAAUGUUGACAAUGUUGUGCUUCA